AGGUGCCGGCAGCGGCGGUGGCGCGCGCGCGGCUGGUGUCCGGUGUCGGGUGUCCGGUGUCUGGAGCCGCCGGCUGGGUUUGGUGAGUGGCAUUUUGAACGGGACAUUUGGUGCUGGGUCUCAGGAGCCAGUUUGCUGAAUUAUCGUCCCGGUCAGCUGGGUGUGUGAGCCUUUGGGAAGGUCAGCGGGCACACCCCAGAGCCAGCCAAGGCGGAGGCACCCUUGGAGGCCAUUUUCAGGAACUUUUGCCACAGUUGUAAAAGACUCCAAAGAUGCUGAAACAGAUACUAUCUGAGAUGUACAUAGAUCCUGAUCUUCUGGCAGAGCUCAGCGAAGAACAGAAACAGAUCCUGUUCUUCAAGAUGCGAGAGGAACAGAUCAGGCGAUGGAAAGAAAGAGAAGCAGCAAUGGAAAGAACGGAGUCCUUGCCAGUGAAAUCCAGACCAAAGAAAGAGAAUGGCAAAUCUGUCCAUUGGAAACUGGGAGCCGAUAAGGAAGUCUGGGUCUGGGUGAUGGGUGAACAUCAUCUGGAUAAACCCUACGACGUGCUCUGUGAUGAAAUUGUUGCCGAGCGUGCACGGCUGAAAACGGAGCAGGAGGCAGAAGAGCUCAGAAAAACCCAGUCUGAAGAAUUCACCAAUAGCUUAAAAACAAAAUCACGGUGCCUGGAUCUGCAGGCAAAUGACCAGGGGACUCAGAACACCUGCAGGAAGGCAGCAGAGAAGGAGGGACUGGGAUCAAUUCCAGCGGAAGAAGAGAAAACCCAGUCACCCUCCAGUUCUCCAAGAAAUAUUCAACAAAUGUUGGCCGAUUCUAUCAAUCGUUUGAAGGCAUAUGGACUUCACCAGAAGAAAGAAUCCACAAAGAAGAAAGAUGAAGAAAUUAAUCAAAUCGAUGAAGAGAGAACCAAACAGAUUUAUAAGAGCUGGAAGGAAGAUUCAGAGUGGCAGGCGUCUUUGCGAAAAUCCAAGGCAGCUGAUGAGAAGAGACGCUCCCUGGCUAAACAAGCGCGGGAAGACUACAAGAGGCUAUCCCUGGGGGCCCAGCGGGGCCAAGGCAGUGCAGGAAUUCAGAGUGUUCCACAGAAACCAAAAAGACCUCCUCUUCCACCGAAGCCUCAGUUCCUAAACCCUCAAAUACCUCACAGAAAUCAGGGGGUGAUGAGGACCACAUCCAGUUCCGCCCAGGAGGACACCAUCCGCUGGUUUAAAGAGGAGCAGCUGCCGUUAAGAGCAGGCUACCAGAAAACCUCAGACACCAUAGCUCCCUGGUUCCAUGGUAUUCUCACGCUCAAGAAAGCCAAUGAGCUGCUUCUGAGCACAGGCAGGCCGGGCAGUUUCCUAAUCCGAGUGAGCGAGAAGAUCAAAGGCUAUGCCCUGUCCUAUCUGUCCGAGGAGGGCUGUAAACACUUCCUCAUUGACGCCUCUGCAGACGCCUACAGCUUCCUGGGCGUGGACCAGCUGCAGCACGCGACCUUGGAGGACUUGGUGGACUAUCACAAGGAGGAGCCGAUCACUUCACUGGGGAGGGAGCUCCUCCUCUACCCAUGUGGACAGCAAGAGCAGCCACCUGACUACCUGGAGCUCUUUGAGUGACAACCGCCAUCUGAGCCACCCUUGACAUCCAGCCGGACUUUCCCCCGGACCAACACCACUGAAACAGACAUUUGUGUGUGAAGCCAACGUCUCCCCUGCAGCAGAGCCAAUGCUGACCCACUGACAGUGUCCAUGCAAGGUCCUUAUGACACCUGUCUUCUGCACAAAUGCUGGAGUUGACCAUCAAGAGAAGUCAACUUGACCGUCAAGAGAAGUCAACUGCUUGACCAUCAAGAGAAGUCAACUGCUCAUAUGCACCGUCAAGAGAAGUCAACUUGACUGUCAAGAGAAGUCAACUGCUCAUACACACUCCAGAAGUAAAGAUAAGAAGAGUCCCACUUUUAGUGCUAACGUGAAGGGUGUGACUUUGUGACAUACAGAAGAGAAAAUGAACAAAGGAGACAUCGAAACCUUUUAGAAAUUAAGGUGUACUUCAGAAACCAGGAUCUUGUGGGAACUAUUGUGUCACCCCUACACUCCAUCUUCCUGUCAUCUCAAGAGGUCUCAGAGUCCUGUUUAUAUGAAGUCCCAUGCUGGUCUUGGAAUGCUAGCGCCAAAUCUUCCCUGGGUGAGGUGACACACCUCAACUCAUUGUGUGUGUUGGAACCAGGAAUCUGAGAGACAAGAAAACAGCAGCCAUGAACAAUGCAGGAGAAGUUUUAAGAUGGAGGAGGAGAGGCUUCCCAUAGACAAAACCACACAGGGACUGUGGGAAAGCCUUCUGCAGAGUGGGAACCAUGCUUCCCCUACGUGGGCUCUGAGAGUGCACCAAGAGGGACGCAGCCCGUGCUCAUGGAGGGUGUCACUACUGGUGCUGCGCAGAUCAGAGGAUAAGUGAGCUGUCUGGAUGCUGCUUAUUGUGGGCUGAAUUGCGUCUUCCAAAAAAGACAAUGAAGUCUGAACCCCCACACCCACGAAUGUGGCCUUAUUUGGAAAUGGGGUCUUUACAGAUGUAGUCAAGUGACGAUGAGGUCACACUGGAUUAGGGUGGGCCCUAAAUGCAAUGACUAGAAUCCUUAACAGGAGAGAGAUUGGAAAACAGAGAAAGACGUGCACAGAAGGAAGGCGGCCACUGGCCGGAGUCAGACUGGAGUGAUGUGGCUACGAGGCAGAGAGCACCGGGGAUGGCCAGGAGAGAGAGGGACCUGGGAGAGACUUCCCCGAGCCUCAGAAGACAACAGGGCUCUACUCACACCCCAAUUUCAGACCUCUAGUCUCUAGAAGGGAGAGAAUAAAUUUCUGUUGCUUUAA